GGCCAAUAGAAAGCUAAAGUCACCCAAAAAGUGCCUGGUCCCUCCUUCCCUCGCCUUAUGGUCCGCUCGUACCUGGGCGCAGAGCUCAAGUCAGGGCCACUGUCGGGAAUGCUAUGUGCCCCCUCCGGGAGCCCACUGCUCCUCCUCAUCCUCUCCCCACCUCCUUUUCCAUGACCCUGGGCUGCGGCCGCUGGCCAGCUGUCCCCCGCAAUGUUUCCUAGCCCUGUGACAAGCACCCCCUUCUCGGUGAAGGAUAUCCUGAACCUGGAGCAGCAGCAGCAGCACGGCGGGCUGGGCUCCAUGGAGCUGGCCUCGCUGGCCUCCCCGUCCUGCAUGCUGGCCACCUUCAAGCAGGAGGGGUUCGGCUCCGAGCCCCCCGCCCUGCCCGAGGAGCUGCCCGAGCCCCCCCCCGGCAAAACCGCGGCCGCUUUCCCCGGCUCCUACUGCCUGAAGAGCUACGUGGAGAUGGACUCGGCCAAGGAGGCCAAGGCGGACAAGAAAGAGCUGUGCUCCCUACACAAGAGCCUGGAACAGGAGAAAAGAGACCUGGAAGAUCCCGAGCGCCCCAGACAGAGGAAGAGGAGGAAACCUCGCGUCCUCUUUUCUCAAGCCCAAGUGUACGAACUGGAGAGAAGGUUCAAGCAGCAGAAAUACCUCUCGGCCCCCGAGAGGGACCACCUAGCGAACGUCCUAAAGCUCACCUCCACGCAGCUACAACGCCUACCCCGCGUACACCAACUACAACAGCCCCGCCUGCAACGCCAACUACAACUGCAGCUACCCCUCCGUGCAGCCCGUGCAGCCCUCGGCGCCCGCCAGCAACUUCAUGAACUUCAGCGUGGGGGACUUGAAUUCUGUGCAAACUGCCAUCCCGCAGGGCAACGCGGGCAUCUCCAGCUUGCACGGGAUCCGAGCCUGGUGAGCCGGCCGGGGUGGAGGGGCCGGGACGUUCCGGGGCUUGGGGAGGGCUCGGCGGAGCAUCCCGGAGGAUCUCACGGCUCUGGUACCCACGGACGGGGGUCGCUGUUUGUGCCGGCCCAGGCGGGCACCGGAGGGGGAUGCCCGCAUUUCCCGGCCCCUCUCGCUCCCCUUCCACCCGGGUCUUCACCUUGAUAAUCCCUUUCCUUCCGUCCUACAAAGCAGCCGGUAAUUUCGCGUGGCUUGCUCCCAACAGCACCCAGCCAAGCCCUGCAACUCUCUUUUUUUUUUUUUUAUUUUAAAAAAAACCCCAACUUUUACUCCAUGUUAAUUAUUAUUAUUGACGUCCACAUUUAAUUUUUGCACUUCCCGUCCGGUCCCCGCUGUUCGGUAUCUCGGCACCCCCAGGUGUCCCUUGCGAGGCUGCUACUGCCGGCCUGGGCAGGGAUGAGGACAGACAGACCCCCGGCCCAGCCGAGGGACACAGACACUCCGGCCCGCCAGGUCCCGUAGGGUUCUGCACUAAAACGUGAAUUAGUAUGGAAAUGCACUGCCCGCCCCUUCCGACGUGUUGCCCUUUGCUGUAGGAGCUGACGGAGAUCAGCGAGUUGUCAUUAAAGAGAGUGGCUGAA